ACCCCUUUUUUCAUCUUCUGCACACAAACAGCCACCAUGAAUCUAACCAAGAAACUACUGAGUUCACUCAAACUCGCCAACUCGGUCUACUCAACUCACUUAUCAAGAUCCAAUCAGGUAAAUACUCACUUGCCCAUUUGCCCAUUAUUUAUAAAUCUUCAUAAAAAUGUGUUCUUUUCAUCAAAACCAGAACAUACUUUUAAUAUAAUCUUGCAAUCUGAAAAUUGGUCUGAAAAAUUAGAACAAGAAUUGGUAAAUUCAAAAGCCCAUUUUAGCCAUGAAAGUGUUAUGUAUGUAUUAAAGAAAUUAUCAUUAAAAGAACCCAAAAAGGCUUCAACUUUCUUCAAUUGGGUUGUGGGAAAACAAGGGUUUGAACCGAGCUCAUCGAUAUAUAGUUUAAUGCUUCGAGUUUACGCGAAUAAAGAUUCGGUAAGACAGUUUUGGUAUAUUGUUCAUAAGAUGAAAGAAGAGGGCUUUUUCAUUGAUGAUCAAGAUUAUCUGUUGUUAGUUAGGGAUUUUAAGAAUUCUAAUAGGGUUAACGAGGUUGCGGUUUUGACUAAGUUUUAUAAUGCUAUGGUGGUAGAUAAUGUUGUGAAUGGUGUUGUUGAGGAAAUUGUCCGUGUCGUUGUUGAAUCGGAUGGUUGGGGAAAUGGGGUUGAAAAGAGGUUAAAUGAGAUGAAAUUUGAUGAAAAGUUGUCGGAUAAUUUAAUACUUAGGGUUUUAAAGGAAUUAAGAAAAUACCCUUUGAAGGCGUUGGUGUUUUUUAGAUGGGUUGGGGAGAAAUUUGGUUUUGAACACAGUAGCGUUACUUAUAAUGGGAUUUUGCGUGUUCUUGGUCAAGAGGAUUCUAUGGAAGAGUUUUGGGACGUGUUUGAUGAAAUGAAGAGUUAUGGUUAUGAAAUGGAUCUUGAUACUUAUUUAAAGAUUGCAAGAUUGUUUCAAAAGCGUAAGAUGUUAAAGGAAGCAGUUGAGCUUUAUGAGCGUAUGAUGGAUAGCCCGUAUAAGCCCUCAGUGCAAGAUUGUAGUGUGCUUUUAAGAACCAUUGCAGGGAGAAAUUCACCUGAUUUGGAUCUUGUGUUUCGGGUCGUGGACAAGUUUAAAGAAACGGGUAAUGUUCUGUCAAAGAGUGUUUAUGAUGGUAUUCAUAGAUCUUUGACUAGUGUUGGUCAGUUUGAUGAAGCUGAAAAGAUGAUGUCAGCCAUGAAAGAUGCGGGUUAUGAGCCUGAUAACAUAACUUACAGCCAGUUGAUUUUCGGGCUUUGUAAAGCUCAAAGACUAGAAGAUGCAUCAAAAGUGAUUGAGCUAAUGGAAGAAAAUGGAUGCAUUCCCGAUAUCAAAACAUGGACUAUAUUGAUUCAAGGGCAUUGUAAUGCCAAUGAUGUUGAUAAAGCUGUAAUCUUAUUGGCUAACAUGAUAGAGAAAGGAUGUGAAGCAGAUGCAGAUCUUUUGGAUGUUUUAGUAAAUGGAAUUUUGGGUCAAAAAAGCUCGGUUGUCGGGUAUGAGUUGCUAAUGGAGAUGGUGAAAACAGGUGGGGUGAAACCAUGGCAAGCAACAUACAAGAAUUUGAUUCAAAAGCUGUUAUUGGAGAAAAAGUUUGAUGAAUCUGUGGAGCUCUUAAAGUUAAUGAAGAAAGACAAUUACCCGCCGUUUUCUGAGCCUUUUGUGGAGUAUGUUUCGAAAUAUGGGACUGUUGAUAAUGCUUUGCGGUUCUUGAAGGCAUUGAGUUUCAAAGAAAGUCCUGCAGUUUCGGCUUACCAGAAUGUGUUUCAGAGUAUGUUUAAUGAAGGUAGAGAAUUUGAGGCUAAAGAUUUGCUAUUUAAGUGUCCUCCUCAUAUUCGUAAACACAAAGCGAUCACUAGUCUUUUCGGUUCUGUUCAAUCAUUUGUAGUAUGAUUUUGUUUUUUAAAAUAAUUUUUGGUAGGCAGAGUUGAAUCUAGUAUGUCUCAACAAAAAAGCCUGUAAUGCUUGAAUCAUUAGUUUUACAA